AUGGGAUGCAACCACUUACGCACUACCGCAUAUCACCCAGCUUCUAAUGGUUUGGUGGAACGUUUCCAUAGACAGUUGAAGGCAGCUUUAACAGCCAGCGCUACAUCCUGGUACGAAGCCUUACCUAUCAUACUGCUCAGUAUACGCAACACAAGCAAGGAAGACAUCGGCUGCUCUCCUGCCGAGCUUACCUUCGGUACAACGCUUCGACUUCCUGGUGAGAUGAUCGUCGAUUCCAGAAUCACCGGUGAAUCUGAUCCCACUUCCUAUGUCGCCCGGCUUAAACAUCAUAUGAGUCAGCUCCAGCCAACGCCGACGAGAAGGACAUCACGCAUACCUCAAGUUCAUAAGGAUUUACGUUCAUGCCCCUUCGUAUUCGUUCGCGUUGAUGCUGUUCGCAAGCCCCUGCAACCGCCUUAUGAAGGGCCAUUCAAAGUGAUUUCGCGACAUGACAAGUAUUACGUGGUCGAUCGUAACGGAACGCCUGAUUCUGUCAGUCUCGAUCGUUUGAAAGUUGCCUACCUGGAUGAUUGUUCCAGCUCCACUCCGGUUUUCUCACACUCAUCCUCCUCCGCUACUGAUCCUCGUACCGAAUGUACUCGUAUGCAUCCAACGACAACUACGCCUACAGACUCUACCUGUUUACCACAACCCCCUACAACACACACUCGUUCUGGUAGGACUAACAAAACUCCUGUGCGUUUCCGCGACUACACACAAUAAUACUAUCGAGCGUUUUCUCUCUUUCCAACGCUCUAGGGGGGGGGAGUUCUGUAGCGCUUGUAAAUUUACUUAUCUUUCCUUGUACAUCCCUUUCCUAUUACAACCCAUUCUUGUACAUUAACCUUGUACACUUGUUUUGAUUGAUAAAUAACACACUUUUUG